CUCAUGCAAAACCCGAAUACACAUCUCAACUGUUGGUUCCAUAAAAUCAACUAAAUCAACCGCUAAUUUUUAAGGAAGAACAACAACCACAAGCCCUCACUUAGAAUGAAAUACAAAGGCUUCGCCAAUUGAUCUUAGUUUGUUGCUACUAUCACUGCCCAAGUCCUCAUUUUCUUCGUUGGAACUCAGGGAGAGCAAGGAUGGCCACCGUUAUAACUCAAGCUUCUGCUGCCGUAUUCCGGCCAUGUGCAUCAAGAUCGAGAUUUCUCACCGGAUCUUCUAGUAAACUCAACAGAGAAGUGUCUCUAAAACCGAUGCUUUCUUCUCCUGCAGCUUCUUUUAAAGUCGAGGCCAAGAAAGGCGAGUGGUUGCCCGGUUUGCCCUCUCCGGCCUACCUCAACGGCAGUCUUCCAGGAGAUAAUGGCUUUGACCCCCUUGGACUCGCCGAGGACCCCGAGAACCUAAAAUGGUACAUCCAGGCGGAGCUUGUGAAUGGGCGGUGGGCUAUGUUAGGUGUAGCAGGGAUGCUAUUGCCAGAGGUCUUCACCAAGAUCGGAGUCAUCAAUGUUCCUCAAUGGUAUGAUGCCGGCAAAGAAGAGUACUUUGCAUCAUCAUCAACCCUCUUCGUGAUUGAGUUCAUAUUGUUCCAUUAUGUGGAGAUCAGAAGGUGGCAAGAUAUCAAGAACCCAGGAAGCGUCAACCAAGACCCCAUCUUCAAGCAAUACAGCCUGCCUCCAAAUGAAGUUGGUUACCCUGGUGGUAUUUUUAACCCCCUCAACUUUGCACCAACUCUCGAGGCCAAGGAGAAGGAGCUUGCUAAUGGGAGAUUGGCAAUGUUGGCUUUCCUAGGAUUUGUGGUUCAACACAAUGUUACUGGAAAAGGACCAUUUGAUAACCUCUUGCAGCACCUCUCAGACCCAUGGCACAACACAAUUGUUCAAACGCUAAGAGGCUACUAAAAUUCAUUAUGGAAGAAAAGGGGUCCUGUUUCUUGCUUUUGUAACCAUCAAUAUAUGGUUUUUGAGUGAGGUUUGAGCAUCAAUGUAAAACAAAGGCACCUCCAGUGUACAGAGGAACUUAGAUGCCGUUUAUUUAUCAUUCUUAUAUCA